AUGGAUAGUGAUAACUACAAUAAUAUCAACCUCAAUGAAAAUCAGGAGGAGCAACAUGCAACUUAAAAUCCCGAUUCUGCUAAUUAAAGUUCUUAAAUAUCUUAAAGUCAAGCUUCAUACUAAAACGAUGUAGUAUCUAGCACUUAUUAAAGGGCUAGAAAAAUUUCAAGAAUUGAUUAAGAAAACCCUUUCCUCUAAAAUUUUGCUGCUGAUAUGAAUAUAUUAAUUGAAGUAACAGGAUACAAGCUUUUAGACUCAAGUAUUUCUAAGUAUGCUAUGUUUACUGUAUCAGGAAAAGAUAGAAAUGGAGACUUUGAGAUAGAACGUAGAUAUAGCGAUUUCGAUUAGUUAAGAAAAUUGAUGCUUAAAAGAUGGCCUGGUUGUUUUAUUCCUCCUCUUCCUUCUAAAAAAGCUAUUGGUAAUACAGAAUCUGGUUUUUUGAAUGAAAGAAAGAAGUAUUUGCACACUUUCUGUAACAGAAUUGCAAAGUUAGGCUAUCUCUAUUACUCUGCCGAAUUCUAACUUUUUAUUCGUCACAAGAGUAAAGAAGAAAUCUCUAAGAAAUUAUAGACUUUAGAAGAUAUCUCUGUAGUUACAAUCAUUGAAAAAUUCAAAGGACAAUUUUUUUAAUUGGCAGGAUAAGAAGUCACACCAGAAUUAUAAAACAGCAUUUAAAAAUUCUAGCAAUUUUUGAAAACCUCAAAAGAAAUCCUUAGGGAUUAAAGAACUACCAUUGAAGAGUUAACAUAAAGCAGAAAGAAUACUGACUUGGCUCUAAGAAAAUUUUAAAAAUUCACAAUUUAAAGAUAUGAAAGAGAUAUUUUAAGUGAGUACACUCUUGGUAGAAAGAGUGAUAUGAUAUACAUCAAUGAUAAUGAAAGUACAGAUAUCUAAAAAUAAAUUGAUAGCUUCGGAGAAGUCAUUGAAAUAGAACCAUUCACUUUACUUUAUGAUUUGAUUAACUUUGAAUUAAAAGACACUUAAGCCUUCUUAGAUACACUCGAAACUAAGGACUUCUAUGUACUUAGAAAGAAAAAUCUUGAAACUACUUUAAACGAAAAGAAAUCCCAGCUUUCUGACUUGAUGAAUGGUAAAAAGACUUUACGUAACAUCUUCACAAAGAAAGACCCUGAAACAUAAAAAGAAAUCUUGAAAAAUGAUAUUGCUAAUUUGGAACAAGAAAUAGUUGCAAAUAAUGAAUUAAACGAGAUAAUAAUUGGAAUUAUUGGUAUGAUUGAAAUCGAAAAAUACAAGGAAUAAAAGGCAAGAUAAUACUACGAAGUCAUGACAACUGUAUCUAAGUUAGAAUUAGAAUGUUUAGAAAAGUAAUAGAAACUCUGGUCCUUGAUCAACCAAACUGCUAAUCAAAAAUUAUAAAACUUUAACCAAAGAAAUCCUAUUAAUAAAAACUAUUGA